CUCUUAUCCCAGCGUCCCUCGCGCCGCCCUUCCCAGCCAAGAUGGCGGCGCCCAUGAUCAUGCGAGUCGGGUGUCGCCGUGUCGCGGGUCUUUGCGGGGGCCUCUCCCGGCGGAUCCAUCACCAGCCGCAGCGGGCUCCGGGCGCCAAGGGGCUGCUGGCGGCGCAGUGCGAGCGGGGCCUGUUCCAGGAGGUGUUCCCGGCGCAGAGCGCGGAGGAAGGGCUGCCCGCCUUGCUGGAGCCGGGCCAGCCCCCACAGACCGUUUACUGCGGCUUCGACGCCACGGCCGACUCGCUGCACGUCGGCCACCUGCUAACCGUUAUGGGCCUGUUGCACUUUCAGCGCGCGGGGCACAACGUCAUCGCCCUGGUAGGCGGGGCCACCGCCCGCCUGGGCGACCCGAGCGGCCGCACCAAGGAGCGCGAGCCGCUGUCGGAGGAGCUCGCGCGGGAGCACGCGCUGGGCCUGCGCGAGGGGCUGCGGAGGCUCUUCGACAACCACCGCCUGGUGUUCUGGCCCGCGACGGGCGGCGCGCGGUUGGGCGAGGUGAUGCUGCAGGACAACGCGUGGUGGCUGGGGCGCGAGCCGGUGGUGGGCUUCCUCUGCGGGGUCGGGGGGCGCCUGCGCAUGGGCACCCUGCUCAGCAGGCAGAGCUGCCAGGCUCGGCUCCGCAGCGCCGAGGGCAUGAGCCUGGCUGAGUUCCUCUACCCGGCCCUGCAGGCCUACGACUUCCUGCACCUGCACCGACACCACGGCUGUCGCAUCCAGCUCGGGGGAGCCGACCAGAUGGGCAACAUCAUGUCCGGAUAUGAGCUUGUCACCAAAGUGACGGGAGAAGAUGUGUUUGGAAUCACCGUGCCUCUUAUUACCAGUACCACUGGAGAUAAAUUGGGAAAAUCUGCUGGUAAUGCAGUUUGGCUAAACAGAGAUAAGACCUCUCCAUUUGAACUGUAUCAGUUUUUUGUUAGACAGCCAGAUAGCACUGUUGAAAGGUACCUGAAACUCUUCACUUUCAUUCCUCUUCCGGAGAUUGAGCACAUGAUGGAAAUGCAUGCUAAAGAACCUGAAAAGCGGGGACCUCAAAAACGACUUGCUGCAGAAGUAACUAAGCUUGUUCAUGGAAAAGAAGGUCUGGAAUCUGCUAAAAGAUGUACAAAAGCACUGUAUUACAGCAGUGUGGAGGCACUGGAGGCUAUGUCUGAUCAAGAAUUACAGGAACUCUUCAGAGAAGCUCCAUUUGCUGAAUUGAUGCUUGAGCCUGGAAUGUGUGUACUUGACCUGUGUCACAAAGCAAAUGCCAUUCCAGAUGGACCUAGUGGGUACCGGAAGAUUACAGAUGGUGGAGUCUCUAUAAACUACAUUCAAGUAACUAAUCCUGAAACUGUUCUUGUUAUUGGGCAACAUAUCCUCAAGAAUGGAGUGUCACUACUUAGGAUUGGAAAGAAAAACUUCUACAUUAUAAAAUGGCUGACAUUGUGACAAAAGGAAAUACCUAAUUAAAAGAAGAUAUACCUUCACACUAAAUUUCCCAAAGCCGCUAUCUUACCUUGUCCUUUCUAUAUUGUGUAUAUUGCACAUCUCAAGAACAGCACAACAAGAGUGUACUGUUUGUCUCAUUCUUCUCACAGUGAGAGAUUCUACCUAAUACACCUGGUUCAAAUAAAAGCAGCUAAAUUUAUGAAGAUGGGUAAUUUUGUAUUUUAAUUUUGACAGUGUUAAUAAAUCUGAGAGGUUUGUUACA